AUGGACAGAGCAUUGGACACUAGCUGCCAGGAAGUCGUAGAGCUGCCGGAGCAGCAGGCGACCACAUCGGCAAACCCGUCGGGAAGGCGUGUGAGCGUCGUGGAGGAACCACCGAAGGACGGGGAUGUGUCACCCGCCAUUCUACCCCAGGACCUGGAGGUAAGGAGAAGGCGAAUCGAGCUGCAGAAAAAGCAGCUCAAACUAGAAAACGCCCGAAAGGAGCUGGAGAUCGAGCUGCGCGAAAUCGAGCUCGAAGAGGAAAUUUCGGACCGCAGCAGCCAGGUAAGCACGUAUGUAGCUAAAACGGCAGCCUGGUUGCAGGAAACGAGCCGCGUCGGAACGACGCCGUUGAGUCGUCACCAUGACGACGAUAUUAAUAAUGGCGGCUCGGGUCAUCCACCGGUGACCCCAAUUGCGACCGCGGGUGCGUGGGUAACACGCAGAGCUCCGGCACCGUUGCGGUACGAUGGCGGGAUGGUGGACGACGCCCGAGGUCAUCAACCUUUGACCCCGGCAACAACCCGAUGUCCACCGGAGUACGACACGACAUGGGCAGCGGACCAAGCAGCGGCGCAAGAACGAGAGUACGCGCAGUGGAGGCGUGCGGUGGAAGACUCCAUUAAAAUGCACCGUGAAGGAAGGCUUGAACGGCAUUUCAAGCAGGAGAAAAAUCCGGGGCCGAAUUCGACAAUGGCGCCGAAUCCCGGGAUGCAGGUUCGCGUGUCCCGUCUGACGCCAAGUCAAGAGGAAGCGCGGAGGUCAAUCCCGAAGGAUCUUCCAGUUUUCUCCGGAGACGUAGGGCAGUGGGGACUGUUCUACGCGACGUAUCAGCGAUCCACUGUUCUCUGUGGGUUUAGUGAUGAUGAGAACCUGAUCCGCCUACAAAAGGCCCUACGGGGGCCAGCACUGGAGUCGGUCGACCACAUCAUGCUGCUACCGGAUGGUCUGGCCAAAGUGAUGGAGAUUUUGUGCACUGAGUACGGUAGACCGGAUCUCAUAGUGGACGAUCUGGUGGAAAAGGUGAGGAGGCUACCCCCCGUUCGGACCGAACGAUUGGAGACGCUAGCCGCGUUUGGAAAAAUGGUGCGGAAAAUGUGCGCUACGAUAGAGGUUUCGGGGCUGCAGGACUACGACUGCAACGUCACGUUACUAAGAGAACUGGUAACGAAGCUUCCCGCCGAGCGCAGGUUAGAGUGGGCUCGUUACAAGCUCAAACUGUCGCGGGAAACCAUCAGGGAGUUCGACAAGUGGUUUUCAGAGAUUGCGGUGGCUGCGAGCGCCGCUUCGAAAACCUUCGAGCCAACGACGCGACCCGAAACAUCACGGCCACUACCGGUAAGAAAAGCACACGCGCACGUUAACGUACACAACACUACGCGGAAAACAUAUUGUGCGCUGUGUCACGAUUCCUGCCGCACACUGGCCGAUUGUGCACGGUUUAUGGAAAUGACGGUGCGGGAGAGGCGAUCGCACAUUCAAGGGCGCAAACUAUGUGUCACGUGCUUGGGAACACAUAGGGGCACUUGCUUCGUAAGGACUCGAUGUGGUACCGACGGUUGUUCGGAAACGCAUCACAAACUGUUACAUUACACGGAACAAAAACCACUAUCACGCAAGAACACACAAACUACUCAUUCACUGAACUCUCACGUUGGUAAUGACAAUAACACACUUUUCCGCUAUGUUCCCGUUGUAGUGCACGGAGAGAAGACUGCCAUAACAACAUUUGCAUUCCUAGAUGAAGGGUCUUCGGCAACAUUUGUUGAUCGCAGGCUGAUUGACGAAUUGGGAAUCGAGGGCACGUUGAACCCUUUGUGUUUGAAGUGGACGGACGAUACACAGCGCGACGAAUCCGAUUCGAGGGAAGUUCAGCUGCGGAUUUCGGGUGUGCACCAAGGAGCAGUGGUGUUCGACAUUCGGAAGGCGCACACCUUGCGUGAUCUCUCGCUGCCGGCGCAGACGUUAUCGAUCGGGAAGCUGGUGGAGUUAUAUCCACAUCUGAAGGGACUCCCGAUUGUUCCCUACACGAAUGCAACACCACGUAUCCUGAUCGGCGUCAAUGAUAUUCAUCUGGGUAAGCCGCUGCGUUGCGUGGAAGGGAGUUUCAACGAGCCGAUCGCCGCUAAGACGAGACUCGGGUGGACAGUGUCUGGUCCGUGCUACACACCUGCCUCCGUAAGUACUACGGCGUAUCAUAAUUUCCAUUUGUGUACCUGUAAUGGGAAAAGCGAUCAGAAGCUGAACAUGGCGUUAAAGGAAUACUUCUCUUUGGAUUCGAUUGGAGUAAGCGUUUCAAGUAAACUUGUUUCGAAGGAAGAAGAACGUGCGACCAAGUUGCUAAAUACCGGAACGCGCCUGUUAGAAGACCGCUACGAAACAAGUUUACUAUGGAAGUAUGAUGAUGUGCGCCUCCCAUGCAGCCGCGAGAUGGCUCUUAAACGUCACGCGUGCCUGAAAAGGAAAUGUGACAAAAAUCCGGAAUUAGCGAGGGCGAUCAACAAUAAGAUGCACGAGUAUGCAGAGAAAGGGUACAUUCAGCGCGUUCCGGAAGAAGAAAUUAUGGAGAGGAAGGAUAGGGACUGGUACUUGCCGAUUUUCCCAGUUUACAACCCUAAUAAACCCGGGAAGUUGCGUAUGGUGUUUGACGCCGCUGCGCAAGUGCAUGGGGUGAGCUUAAACACAUUCCUGCUUACCGGUCCGGACCAACUAGUGGGGCUUGUACAGGUGCUGUACAAAUUUCGAGAGAAUCGAAUUGCCAUAACUGGAGACAUACGAGAAAUGUUUUUCCAGGUACGCAUGAAUCCCGUUGAUCAACGAAGCCAGAUGAUUUUCUGGGACGAUGGCAGCAAGCAGAAUGGAGAACCUAGCGUAUAUGCCGUUUCCGUGAUGACUUUCGGCGCUGCUUGCUCGCCUGCGGCCGCUCACUUCGUAAAGAAUCUCAACGCGGAUAGAUUUGCUGAACGCUUUCCCCGAGCAGCGGAAUGUAUCAAGUACGAGCAUUAUGUAGACGACUUGUUGGCGAGUGUCGAAACUGUCGAUGAGGCAGUUGCUUUGGCGGAGAACGUGAGGUUCGUGCAUUCGAAGGGCGGUUUCGAGAUCCGGAAUUGGUUGUCUAACGCGAAGGAAGUUGUGGACAAGCUACGGUGGGGAGCCAACAACAAUAUAUGCAUCGACAUGAGCUCGAAUCAAGACACCGAAAAAGUCUUAGGUAUGUGGUGGAAUACGGCUGAUGAUACAUUUACCUUUCGUAUAAAUCCGCGUAUCGACGAGAAGCUGUUGGCAGGUAGUAGAUUACCAUCAAGACGCGAAGUGCUAAGUACGCUUAUGAUGAUCUACGAUCCCUUGGGGCUUAUUGGCCACUUCCUCAUGUUCCUCAAGGUUCUCCUGCAGGAUUUAUGUAGAUCCGGCAUACACUGGGACAAAAUAAUCGAAGGUGAAGCUGCAAGGAAAUGGUUAAGAUGGGUUGGAUUAUUGCCGGAAUUAGAGAAGCUGACAAUCGGGAGGUGUUAUCGAACCCUAACGUCAGCGAAUAAAUCAAACGUGCAACUACAUGUUUUCACCGAUGCGAGCCAGAGUGGGAUGGCCGCGGUUGCUUACCUACGCUUCGAAGAGAAUGGUGUUGUGGAGUGCGCCCUGAUUGGAUCUAAGACGCGGGUUGCUCCACUGAAGCUUCUGUCCAUACCACGGCUGGAGCUUCAAGCAGCUGUAAUAGGAGCACGUUUUGCGGACCAUAUCACCAAGACACAUCGAUUGAAGAUCGACAGAAGGAUGUUCUGGACGGAUUCACGGAACGUUGUGAGCUGGAUUAGGUCGGACCAUAGGCGGUUUAGCACAUUCGUCGCUUUCCGGGUGAGUGAAUUGUUCGAAAUAACAAACACUAAUGAAUGGCGAUGGCUUUCCACUAAGGUCAACGUAGCAGAUGACGGAACGAAAUGGCAAGGAGAUCCCGACCUGACCUCAUCCAGCAGAUGGUUUCGCGGGCCAGAGUUCCUGUGGGAGGCGGAGGAAAAGUGGCCAAUUAAUAACAACGAUCCUGGUGAAACAUCGGAGGAAAUACGCAAGAGCGUAUCACACCACGCUGUAGUCAACAUUAUAGUUGAUUUCACCCACUUCUCGCGAUGGAAGAAGUUGCUGCGAACGGUGGGCUACAUUCACCGGUACAUUGGGAACCUGCAACGACGAGUUAGGCGAGAAGAGAAAGUUGGAGGGCCGCUGACGCAGGAGGAGCUGUUUGCUGCGGAGCGGUCAUUGUACAUAUGGGUACAGUUGGAUGGAUUUGCCGCUGACAUCAGACGGCUGAGCAGUGGCGCGAAGCAGAAACAUCCUUGGAAGAGAGUGAUCGGACCAGAUAGCUCGCUGUAUAAAUUAUCUCCUGAAAUCGACGAAAGAGGUAUUUUAAGAAUGCGGGGGAGGUUGAAUAAUUAUACACCACUGGGUGCUUCACUGGGGAAGCCUAUCAUCUUACCUAGGCGACAUCCCGUCACGGAUCUGAUCAUCAGGGACUUCCACGAGCGAUAUUGCCAUCAGAGCCAUAGUACGGUGGUAGGCCAACUCCGAACACGGUAUUACAUUCCGAAGGUGCUGGUGGAGUUCAACCGGGUUCGACGUGGUUGCCAGCACUGCAAGAUAAGAAAUGCUGCACCAAAUCCACCCUUAAUGGGCGAUAUUCCCCGACAGAGAGUAGCAGUAAGCCAGCGAGCAUUUACAUACACUGGGCUGGAUUACUUCGGACCAAUUUUUGUGGUAGUGGGGCGGCACUCGGAGAAGCGCUGGGGAGCACUGUUCACCUGCCUCACGACGAGAGCAGUGCAUUUAGAGGUAGCACACGCACUAACGACUGCUUCGUGUAUUUUAGCGAUUCGGCGGUUCAUCGCAAGAAGAGGUUCCCCUCGGGAAAUAAUCAGCGACCGAGGCACUAAUUUUGUUGGUGCGGCGAAAGAGCUUAAGGUCGCCUUGAAGGAUGUAGACGAGAACGCGCUGAAGUUAAGAUUCAGCGGUCCGGAGCUGAAGUGGAAGUUCAACCCGCCGGCGGCACCCCAUUUCGGCGGAAGCUGGGAACGUCUCGUGCAGUCAGUGAAGAAAAUCUUGAGCGGUUUUGAUCUACCACGUCUCCCUACGGAUGAAAUCUUGAUAUCAACAUUGGCUGAAGUGGAGAUGAUGAUCAACUCUAGACCGCUGACCUACGUACCACUCGACGAGGAAUCCGACUGCCCAAUAACGCCAAACCACCUACUACUGGGAAGCCCCGACGGGAGUAAGCCGGCCGUCUGCUUCGACGAUUCGCCGACAGCCAUACGGACGUCUUGGGGUGCUGUGCAAGUGAACGCGGAUAUCUUUUGGAAGCGGUGGAUAGCGGAAUAUUUGCCAACACUCACACGCAGGACAAAAUGGUUCCACCCGGUGCCACCGAUCAAGGUGGGAGACGUAGUGUUGAUUGUGGAUGGGAACUUACCUCGGAAUACCUGGCCUAUGGGACGCGUACUCGAGGUGACCCGCGCCAAGGAUGAUCAGUGUGCGAUAUCCAUUGCAGAAAAGCUCGAAAUCAUACAAAUGUUCGAGGAAGGAAAAAAUUAUGCAGCAAUAGCCCGUACAGGUUGGUUCAAAAGGUUUAAGAAACGUGCAAACCUAAAGAACAUAAAGAUUCAUGGUGAGGCUGCAAGUGCUGACGAAAUAGCAUCAGAAGUACUGGACGAAUAUAACGAGGAGUACGAUGAAAAAAAUCAGGAAUCAAACCAAAACAAAUUCAACUCAAAAAGGUUAGAGGUUGCCUUUGAAAACAUUGAAAAGGCCUUAUCCGAAUUUGAAGCGAUGGCUGAAGACGAAGAAAGGUCAACAAAUACCGUGAUCUACCCCAUUCGUAGUCACAAAACGCUCAGCUGGACGAUUCGCCUAUGUGUGACGGAGAAGAAAGACAUGUGCAAGGAAGACACAUUCAUUAAACUCACCUAUACCUACAAGACCGAUGUGCGCUACGUGUACAAGUGUGCGAGAAUGACGCAGGAGAAAUGCAAAGCGUGA